AACAGGCCUGCACGCUCAUCUGCCUCCAUUCUUACAGCCAUACUCACUCGUACGGCAGAGCCUUCUCUCUGCAAACAUGGCUUCCGUCGUCGCAUCGUCCGCUGUGGUGACCCCGGUCGCAGCCAUCGCUGCCUCCAGCACCACCAAGAGCUCACAGGUUGUGUCCGUCCAGGCCGGUCUCAAGGCUGGAGUCUUCGCCGGCAAGAGCGAAUGGCAAUCCAAGACCCAGACCAACGGCAGCCGUGUGUCCUGCAUGCAGGUGUGGGAGCCAUACAACAACCUGAGGUUCGAGACCCUCUCCUACUUGCCCGCCCUGAGCCAGGAUGCUCUGGCCAAGCAGAUUGACUACGUCAUCAAGUCUGGCUGGGCUCCCUGCAUUGAGUUCGACACCCAAGGAGCUGUGUCCCGUGAGGGAAGCAGGAUGCCCGGAUACUACGAUGGUCGCUACUGGACCAUGUGGAAGCUGCCCAUGUUCGGAUGCACUGACUCUGCUUCAGUGUUGAGGGAGAUUGAGGAAUGCAAGAAGUUGUACGGACACAAGUGCUACAUCAGGUGCUUGGGAUUCGACAACACCAGGCAGGUGCAGUGCGCCAUGUUCAUCGUCCACCAGCCCACCGACAAGUGAUGCGCAACUGCCUCUCGACCGGUGUUGGGAAACUGAGAUGGAAUCACGCGGAUUUUCAUGCACCGGGUGUUUCGUGAAUGUAGAUGCGAUGGGCAAGAUUUCAAAUGGCUUGUGUUGACACCCUGCGUACCCUCCUGGGGAGAGGGUGCGGGGCAGGACGUCCUGUGAUAGAAUGUAGAUUAACGACAGGACCAAGCUGUGACCAGGAGUGGCCAGUCGAGCAAAUAGAGGAAUCAAUGUCCCAGAGUUUCACGUACCUGAUGUAGAGAUCUGUACCAUUUAUAAAAAUUCUCAACUUUUUGAGUUCAAAAAU